UUUUUUAAAAUGUCAUUAUUUUAGUAUUUAAUAAGGUAUAGUGUCAACACUUUCAAUAUUUAGUGAUAAUGUCAAAAUGUUACAGUAUUAUGUAUUUUAAUUAUAUUUUAAUUAUUUUGUUUAAUUAAAAAGAAUACCUAAUUUAUAUAACAAACUAGAGCUAUUUAGGGGAGAGAAAAAUUAUAAAAAGUAACAGAUGCUUAAAACUCUCUACAUCAGUUACAAUUUUUUCAAAUCUUGAUGAUAUAUCUAGCCAUUAUUCAUGAGGUUCAUCCGGGAAAAAAAAUUAUUGUGAUUUUAUUGUUUUGUCAAAUAAACUAGGUAAACGAUUUUUGGAAAAUAAACAAAAAUGAAAAGUCAAAAUUCAGUUUAGAGAAGCUCAUGGUUUAAAGGAUAAAAUGUGUGUUGUAUCCGACAGAAAUGAGAGUAUUAUAAAAGCAGUUUCGAGGAUAUACAAUAUACCACAUUAUGCUUGCACGUUUCAUCUUUGGAAUAACAUGAAGACACUUUACAAAAAGUCACAUGACAGUCUUUCAGAAGUGUUUUAUGCAAUGGAAAAGGCUUACAAACUUUCUGAAUUAAAUGAACUGAUGAAAAAAGUAGAACAUGUUGAUAUUAGGGUGAAGAAUUAUUUGGAAUUGGCUGGUUAUGACAAAUGGGCAAGAGUGUAUGCACCAGUUGAUCGAGACACUGUGAUGACAUCAAACAUAGCUGAAUGCGUAAAUGCAUGCCUUGUGGAAGCAAGAGAAUUACCUAUAUAUGAUUUUCUUGAGGAAAUUAGACAAAUGUUUGAUCGAUGGAAUUUCAAAAACCAUACAUCUGCUUCUAAUACAUUCACGACACUUUGUGGUAAAGCACAAGAAAUGCUCGCUGAAAAUGAAGAACUUUCACUGCGUAUGACGGUAGUUGCGACAAGUAAUUAUGUGCACAGUGUUCGUCAUAAAGGGGAAACAUUUAUUGUUUGUCUUGAAAAGAAAACUUGCACAUGUAGGAGAUUUCAAGUGGAUGAAAUACCAUGUUCACGCUUAGGCUGUUUUGAAGAAGAAAUUUCUUGA